GGAGGGCGACAGACUAGGGGGUUAGCAAGCCAGGGGCCCCUUAUGCCUGUCGGGGCGGCGGCGCGCCGGGGCAGUGCCAUGCUGCUCUCCGUCCUGGCGGCGCUGUGCCUGGGGCUGCGCCUGGCGCUCUGCGUGCGCGGCGCGCCCUGCGAGGCGGUGCGCAUCCCCAUGUGCCGGCACAUGCCCUGGAACAUCACGCGGAUGCCCAACCACCUGCACCACAGCACGCAGGAGAAUGCCAUCCUGGCCAUCGAGCAGUACGAGGAGCUGGUGGACGUGAACUGCAGCUCGGUGCUGCGCUUCUUCCUCUGCGCCAUGUACGCGCCCAUCUGCACGCUGGAGUUCCUGCACGACCCCAUCAAGCCGUGCAAGUCGGUGUGCCAGCGCGCGCGCGACGACUGCGAGCCCCUCAUGAAGAUGUACAACCACAGCUGGCCCGAGAGCCUGGCCUGCGACGAGCUGCCCGUCUACGAUCGCGGCGUGUGCAUCUCACCGGAAGCCAUCGUCACCGACCUCCCCGAGGAUGUUAAGUGGAUAGACAUCACGCCAGACAUGAUGGUUCAGGAAAGGCCUCUGGACGUGGACUGUAAACGCCUAAGCCCUGACCGGUGCAAGUGCAAGAAGGUGAAGCCCACUCUGGCGACAUAUCUGAGCAAAAACUACAGCUACGUCAUUCACGCCAAGAUAAAAGCUGUGCAGAGGAGUGGCUGUAACGAAGUGACCACCGUGGUGGACGUGAAAGAGAUCUUCAAGUCCUCGUCCCCCAUCCCACGAAUGCAGGUCCCGCUCAUCACAAAUUCUUCCUGCCAGUGUCCUCACAUCCUGCCCCACCAAGACGUUCUCAUCAUGUGUUACGAGUGGCGCUCCAGGAUGAUGCUUCUCGAAAACUGUUUAGUUGAAAAAUGGAGAGAUCAACUCAGUAAAAGAUCCAUACAGUGGGAAGAGAGGCUGCAGGAACAGCGCAGGACUGUUCAGGACAAGAAGCGAACAGCCGGGCGGACCAGUCGUAGCAACACCCCAAAACCAAAGGGAAAGCCGCCCGCUCCCAAACCGGCCACCCCCAAGAAGACCAUUAAAGCUAGGAGUGCCCAAAAGAGAACAAACCCAAAAAGAGUGUGAGCCUUCUGCUUUCUGGAACUGCCUCCCAGGAUGAGGCCAGGCACCGCCCAGCCUGGGGAAGGGCCUGCUCCCCUUGCCUUAACAACUGCAGCGCUCCCCAUAGACACAUCUUGCGGCAUUUUUCUUAAUGAUCUGCUUCCAUUUUUCUUUUCAAGCCACCAGAAACCGUAGUGGUAGGUAUGUCCUUUGGUGUGGAAGGUAUAUGAAAGCUGAACGCGGGUGGACAAAGCUUCUCGCAGCAUGCAGAGUGGCCUUCGCGGUGCCUACUCUGGGAGAGCUCUGUGUAGGGGAAAGACGCUUUGGUUCUUACAUUCGACCUAAUAUGUGCAUUGUAAAAUAAAUGCCAUAUCACAAACAAAAUACCCAUUUUUUUUUACAGUAUGUUUUAUUUCGUUUUGACUUGUGUUGUUAGAAGGUUCAUGAUAUUUUAAGAUGGGAU